AUGGCCCCCGAACGUGUUUGCCUUGCCUACUCCGGCGGCCUGGAUACUUCCACUAUUCUCAAGUACGGUGCCCCCAUGUUUUGCUUCCUGAUGAAUCGCGGCAGGGAGAAGACUUCGACGCUGUCAAAGUGGCUCGUCCUUCAAGGCUAUCAGGUCGUUUGUUUCCUCGGAGACUGCGGUCAAGAGGAAGACUUCGAUGCCGUCAAGGCCAAGGCUCUCAAGCUCGGUGCUGAGAAGAUGAUCAUCGAGAACGUCCAGCAGGAGCUGAUUGACGACUUGGUGUGGCCCGCCAUCCAGUGCAACGCUAUCUAUGAAGGACAAUACCUUCUCGGCACAAGUCUGGCCCGACCCGUGUUGGCCAGGGCCAUGGUGCAAGUUGCAAAGGACAACAACUGCACCAUCCUCAGCCAUGGAUGCACCGGUAAGGGCAAUGACCAAGUCCGCUUCGAGCUGGCAUGGAAGGCCUGUGACCCCAAGAUGAAGGUCCUGGCCCCAUGGCGCAUCCCUGCCUUCUUCAACCGAUUCCAGGGACGUGCCGAUCUUCUCAAGUUCGCCGAGGAGCAGAAGAUCCCCGUCAGCUCCACUCCCAAGGCCCCCUGGUCCAUGGACGACAACAUCAUUCACUGCUCAUAUGAGGCCGGUAUUCUCGAGCAAACAGACAAGGAGCCCCCCAAGGACAUGUGGAAGCGCACAGUUGAUCCCCUGGACGCUCCCGACAAGCCCACUCGCUUCACCGUCCACUUUGCUGAGGGUGUUCCCACCAAGCUUGAAGUUGAUGGCAAGACCGUUACUGGCUCUUUGGAGAUCUUCAAGGAGGCCAACGAGUUGGGCCGUGCCAACGGUAUUGGACGUGAGGACAUCGUCGAGUCGAGGUUCAUCGGAUUGAAAUCUCGUGGUUGCUACGACACCCCCGGUCUCACUAUCCUGCGCAAGCUCCACCAGAACCUUGAGGGUCUCGUGAUGGACAGCAAGGUCCGCAUCAUUCGCGACCGUCUCUCAGAUGACUGGGCGCAAUGCAUCUACAACGGAAUGUACUUCACACCUGAGCGUGAGUUCGUUCAGAACGCGAUCGCUUUCAGCCAGAAGCAGGUUGACGGCAAGGUCGAGGCUCUGGCCUACAAGGGCAACGUCAUCAUCGUUGGUCGCUCCAGCGAGACCUCCAACCUCUACAGUGAGGAAGAGAGCAGCAUGGACACCCUUGACAUGGACUGGAGUGUCGAGGACACAACUGGCUUCAUCAACGUGAAUGCCAUCCGCAUCGCCAAGUACGGUGAGCGCAAGAUCAGGGAUGGCGAGCCCCUUUCCAAGCGCAAGUAA